CGCGUGUGCAGGGGUAGUUUCUGCGUUUCUGUGUUUACCCUCCCGUUUAUUCGUGUUUCCGUAGCCGACCGGGAACGUGGUGCCGCUCAGAAGCGUUACGUGCGUACAGUGUGUGAGACCAGAAAUGUGUUUGUGGUUUCGAUGCGGGGUCUUAUUGUGCAGUGGACGGUGCUAACUGAUCGGAAGCAGUAGUGUGAUAAGAUCUGAUCUGCGAGGUGCGAAAAUUGAAAACCAACCGGAAGUGGAUGUGGAACAGAGUGUGAUUUCCGGGCAGAAAGAGCGGUGCAGCUUUGCUUCACAACCGGGAAGCAUUAAGAUUUGCAGUUGUAAAUUCGAUGUGUCAUCGCAAAAAUUGCGCCCGAUCGCGUGAAGGAAUGUGUGUUUGCUAGUGUGUCGGUGCGACUCCCGGAUAUGUGACGGGCCUGUUCAUACAGUGAUCUCCAGGCUUUUUUUGUUGGCCCACAUUUGCAUGCUGCUACCAAUCCGCUUGUGUGUGUGUCAGUGGAAAAAGUGUUGUCCAAAAACGGAAGGCCCCGAGUGGCCCAGCAAUCGCAACGGUGAAAAACGGUGAAACAGUGCGUCAAUUUGUGUUGCGAAAAAAAAGAAGCUGCUCUCCCCCUUCCCAAAUUUGACAGCUAUUAGCGAAUUUUGGCACAGGUCACGUUUUGCUUUUGUGCGCUUUUCUAGCGGUUUGUGCUACUUUACCACCGCGUGCCUGUGUGUUUGUUUAUGCUUUUUUUUCUGGUGCGUGUGUGAUGAGGCCCUUUAUUGUUGUGGCCUGCUAAUCGUACGCGAUCGUGCGCUUUAUGACAUAACGACGUUAGAGGUUAGAAUCGAUAGCAAAGCUCAAGAUUGGAAGCGCUCCAUCGAUACGGAGAGGAAGCAAUCCAUCGCCGAAAAGGCCCAGGACGCACACGGUACCUGGGAAGAUAACGUUACUUUUGGGAAGCACAGGUACCGGAGAGGGGCUGUGAUGCUGGGUGCCAUCGGUUAGCACAGUCGGAUCACAUUCUAAACCCCGGUGCCAGCAAUCAUAUCCCAUCGUCGGAGCUCAUCUGGAGGCUUAAGGAAGACACGGAAACAUCGAGACAAGAUCAUAAUAAGCUGCCUUCGACCUGCUUGGAUAUAAAAGGGACAAGCAUCUACAACGAAACUAAAGAUGUCACGUUCCAACUUUGCGCGCUCACAAAGCAAAGUUUGGUUCGGCAAUGAACCCGAACCCUACGGUGGCCCGUACGGCGGUGGCUUCCGGCCGUACGGCGGCUACGCCCCGUACAGUGGCCCAAUGUCCCAGCCGACCUACCCGAUCUUUCACGACCUCGAGGAGGAGGACGAGCUGAUCGAGGAGCAGCAGACGAAUGCGAAAGGUUCGCCCGGUGCGACCAGCUGGGCCGAAACGGACCGCCAGGGCAGUCCCGCCAGUCACAAAAGUCAAGACUCGGGGUUUUCGGACACGGAAACGUCCCUGCACGCGGGCAGCAGUCUGGCAAAGCGGCAGGGGGCAAACAUUAACAACAGUGUCCAGUCUGCGGCGGGCACAACCAGCGACAAGCUAACACCAAAGAGAAGCAUCAACGAGGAACUGUUUGCCCGGUCACCGUCCCUCAACAGUAGUGCGCCGACACCUCCAACAGUCAUCCGGAGGCCUGUACCGGGCGGCCCGGUAGGUGAGUCGGUCACUAUCGGUCGUCGACUAUCGUACAGUGAGCCCGCGGAGCAUGCGAACGGUUCCGAAAGUCCGCGCAAUGUGUCACUCAAGCGUGGCCGCGUCAUUACGAAGAACAGUCGCGUGAAGCGCAAUCUCAGCGAGCAGUUAAGCAACUCGAGCGAGGAGAUGAUCUCACUGGACAGCAGUGAGCUGUCCAACAUUCUGAACCGUACGAUGGUGGAGGGGGAAGAGGAGGCGAUACCGGAACCAGUGCCAGAAGCGGAUGCCAAUAAUAAUGCAAUCAAGGGUGAGACGACGGCAGUGGAGCUUCCAACGUAUUCGGAACUAUACCCGACCCGAGGAACUUCCACGCCCAUCCGAGGCCAGUCGAAGCUGUACCGAUCGUUACCAAUCUCACCGACGCAUCGGACACCGCCACCGGUCCGUCCGGUCGUGGCACCCUCGGGGACGGACAACUACUACGACGAACCGAACAAUACGACCACCUCGAGCAGCUGCAGCGAACGCGCCCUAUCCUACACGAUCUACGACAACCCGCUGCUGAACGGGCACCAACCGGCGGUGCAGGGUUGGCUGGAUGGGUUGCGGUUUUCCUGCCAGAACGAGGUGAUGUCGAUACUGCAGACCAAAUCGAUCGCAACGGAGGCGGGCCGAUCGCUGAAGCUAACUUCGACGGUGGCGGUGAAGAUAUUGCGCCAUCUCCAGGGGAAGGUGUCCACGCUGCAGGGUGAGUUCGAGCGGGUCGAGAAACUGUUCGCCGCCAUCCGGAAGUAUCACACGGCGCAGAAGGCCGAAGACGAGUCAGACGAUGAGGAAGACGAGAAGCAGAUCUACCAGAAGGUGGCCCCGUUUGUGCACGGGCUGGCGACCGAUCUCGAUGCGUUCGUGCGCAAACAGCAAGGGACGGACUACUUCGGCCGAGAAGCAUCGGAACGAGACGAUCGGCGCAAGUUUGCCGAGAAUGCAAGGGCACUGGCGGACAUGCUGGGAGAUCUCCGGGCGGCCGCAUCUAGCAGCGACACCUUCGACUAUCGCUCCGUUGAGGAGGAAAUUCAAAUCGUAAAGCGCUACUUCCUCAUCACGGUGCGGUUGAUCUUCAAGAAUUUGGUGCGCGUGAUCGUGGACGCUGUCGAGGGUGCCCGCUGCGAGCUGAUGCUGCGCUCGAACCUCAGCUACGUGGCGAGCCUCUCCAACCUGGACUACGGUGGGCUGGCCUCGCUGAACGACGCGUUCAUUGCGAACGGUACGGUGCGGGUGUUGCUGCUCGUCUGCGUCGAGUCGAAGCUUUCGUCCGUCCGGGCGCUGGCGCUGCGUGCGCUGGCAACCGUCUGCUCGACGACGGAAACGAUCCGCCAGCUGGAGCGAGCGGAUGGGCUGGAGGUGCUGCGCGACAUCCUAGCGGUGGCGGAUGGCGAUGAUGGCCGGUCCGAGCCGGAGCUGCGGGAGGCUGUCUCGGUGCUGACGCAAAUUACCGCCCCCUGGCACGGGGAGGACCAUCGGCUCGAGGGGCUGAAGCAGUACGUGCACGGCAUCGUUGAGGCAAUCACCGAGAUCAUCGUAAAGACCAGCUGCUGCCAAACGUUGCUGCUGUGCACCGCCAGCCUGAACAACAUGACGCGCAUCGAACCGACCGCCGUCUACUCGGUGAUGUCGCAGGACACCGUGGACAAGCUGCAGCAGGCGACGGAGCAGCGCGGCCCGGGCGCAUCCAUCUUUCUCUACGAACAAUUUACCGCAACGCUCUACAACAUGUCGACCAACUGGAAGUGCCAUCAUCAUCUCGCCAGCCGCCCACUGCUCACCUUCCUCGUGCAGGUGCUGGCGCAAAAGUUCCACCAGCAGCAACCAAGCCGCGUCGAGACAGAGGCGCAGCGCAAAACGAUCCGCAACAUUCUACACGUCCUCGCGCGGCUCCUGUCCGGCGGCAGCCUCGCGUCUGGCGCGUCACACGAGCUGAUCGAGACGACGGUAGCGCCUGUGCUGGCGCGCAUCGAACGCACGCUGGACGGGGCGAACGAACACUAUCAGGACGUGGCGCACGUUAGCCGGCGGUGCAGUGAAACGGUAUCGACGCGACCGGGCAAAAGCAGUGGCAGUGAGGAGGGCCGCCCAACGGUGCCACAUAUCACCCGGCUUACCAUCCACCGGGAUCCGGUAGCGGGGCCGGUGAUGGUGCUGGAUCAAAACCGGCAGGAAAGUUACGUCUGAAUGGAGCGAUGGCGGGCUAUUGCCGGCAGGCAGAGCGGGGGCUGAUGUAGCCGAGCUACGAAACAAGGGAGGGAGGGAGGGAACUGGGCAAAAGAAAAGAAAAACCAAGGAAUCCUUGUGCCAUACAGGAAGCGAAACGAGACCGGAGCAAACCCGGAAGCAAACGAAACGACUCUGGGAGGUUGUAAAGAUGCUGAAAGCGAAUCUGUAUUUAUGUAACUGUUUGUAUGUAGCUGUAUCAUAUUGUAUAUUGUGUUUUCGUCACCAAGAGGAAUGCUAAUAUAUUCGAACGAUUCAAUGUUGUAAUUUAUCACUCCCCAAAAUUCCGCAGUGUAUGUAAGACGAACUGUUAUUUCCUCCGAGCAUGUUAGGGGAAAAGCAUGUAGAAGCGAAGGAACAACGCAAAUACACCAUCGACCACGAUGAACGAUAAACUGAA